UGAGCCAUAAAGACGAUUCAACACUAAACCCGGAGGAGGAGGAGGAGGAGGAGGAGGAGGACUGAUGGGACCCUAAACUGCUCCAUGAGGAGGUCCUGAGGAGGAGAAAUAAACCAUGUGAAGCGGCUGAGGAGAUGUUGUCCACUCAGGGAAUCUGUUCUCUGGCUCUUUUCCACGCAGUGAUGAUGAUGAUGACCGUCACGGCUCUGGUCGACUCUGAUGACGUCAUCACUCGGGACGAACAGAUCUACGUCCUGAUUGGAGCUCACGCCAGGUGUGAGAGGAGCAUCCGGGCUCAGAUGCCCCUCGUCACAGAGGACGACUGCGUCCCAGAGUGGGACGGGAUCAUCUGCUGGCCACGGAGCAGAGCUGGUCAGCUGGUGUCCGUCCUGUGUCCCGAGUACAUCUACGACUUCAACCACAGAGGUCGAGCCUAUCGCCAGUGUGAUGCCUCCGGGAGCUGGGAGCUGGUUCCCAGCAUCAACCGCACCUGGGCAAACUACACCGAGUGCACCAGGUACCUGACCUCCAACCACAGAGUCCAGGAGGAGAAGGUGUUUGAGCGACUCCACCUCAUGUACACCGUUGGUUACUCCAUCUCUCUGGCCUCCCUGCUGGUGGCCGUCUCCAUCCUCUGCUACUUCAAGCGUCUCCACUGCACACGUAACUACAUCCACAUCCACCUCUUCGCCUCCUUCAUAUGUCGAGCUGUGAGCAUCUUCGUGAAGGACGCCGUCCUCUACUCCAUAUCUGACCAGGAUGAAGCUGAGCAGGAGCUCACAACAGAGAAGCCUCACAUGGCUGGUUGUAAAGUUGCCGUCACUCUCUUCCUCUACUUCCUGGCCACCAACCACUACUGGAUCCUGGUGGAGGGCUUGUACCUGCACAGCCUCAUUUUCAUGGCCUUCCUCUCAGACAAAAACUACCUGUGGGCCCUCACCAUCAUCGGCUGGGGUGUUCCAGCUGUGUUUGUGUCCAUCUGGGUCAGUGCACGAGCGUCACUGGCAGACACACAAUGUUGGGACAUCAGCGCCGGGAACCUGAAGUGGAUUUACCAGGUUCCUAUUCUGGCGGCCAUCGUUGUGAAUUUCCUUCUCUUCAUCAACAUCAUCCGUGUGUUGGCGUCUAAACUGUGGGAGACCAACACCGGUAAACUGGACCCCCGGCAGCAGUACCGGAAGCUGCUAAAGUCCACGCUGGUGCUGAUGCCGCUGUUCGGCGUCCACUACAUGGUGUUCAUGGCCCUGCCCUACACCGAGGUGACCGGGCUGCUGUGGCAGGUCCAGAUGCACUACGAGAUGUUCUUCAACUCGUCCCAGGGUUUUUUUGUGGCCUUUAUCUACUGUUUCUGCAACGGAGAGGUGCAGGCGGAGGUGAAGAAGGCGUGGCUCAGACGUAGCCUGGCGUCGGACCUCAAGCAGAAGGCCAGGAUGACCAAUUCAUAA